AUGACUUUAGAAGAUAAACCAGCUACGCGGAAAAACAUCCAACCUAAGUCAGCUUCAAAAGACAACAUCGCAUUGGAAGUGCAUAAAAACCAAUCGUACAGUGCUACAAAAUUGUUCAAAAAUGAAUAUACCUUCUCCAGCAGCCCUAGGGCUUUGUACAACAACAGAAAGAUGGCCAAAGGUGGUGAUGCACCGUACUCCAAUGUAAUGUUCGAAAGAAGGAUCUACAGAGGAACUAAUUUUGGCGCCAUGCGGGGACACGAAGGUGAUGGAGAAUCAGCUGCUGCAAAAGCAGCCGAAGCUCAAAGACGUGCUAAAGUAAGAGCCAAAGCAGCCAAAAAUAUAGCCAGAUUGCGACUCGGCUCACCACCAGCUGUAUCCGGUAGAAAACACGAACGUAUCCAAACCGAAGAUUAUUUAGAAGAAAUUUUCGUCAACCCACCAGUUAACGAUAUCUGCACGCAAACCGAUCUAUUCCUAGACAGGCCGGUAUCUCCAUUUUACGUGACCGCCAAAACAGGCAUCGACACCGGCACUCAAAUAUACCCAGGCGACUUAUUCGAUUUCGACAUGGAAGUACAACCGAUCCUCGAAGUCCUAGUAGGUAAAACCAUAGAGCAAAGUUUAUUAGAAGUAUUAGAAGAGGAAGAAUUAGCAGCACUUAGAGAACAGCAAAGGAAAUUCUUAGAGAGGAGGUCUGUCGAAACUGCCGAAGCUAUCAGAUUAGAAGAAAGAGAGAAACGUUUGGUCGUAGAAAAAGAACGACGAAUCGGUGAGCUCGAAGAAGGACUGAAAUGUCAGAAAGAAAUGGAAGAAAAGAUAGCGGCUGCUGUGUUGAUGCAAGGUUAUAUGGCUGAUUUGCUUCCAUCGGUCCUUGAAGGUUUAGAAUCUGACGGGUUCCUGAUGGACAGCAUCAAACAGGAUCUAGAAGAUUCGUUCAUGCCUUGGUUAGUGAAGGAAGUUACCACGGAGUUGCAGGAGAUGGUUAGUAGUAGAGACAUUCUUUGUGAUAUCGUUCGGGAGAUACUAGAACAAAGAAACGAUAUCUACGAAAAUUACAACAAAGAUAUAGAAGAGGUGAUAUCGCUAAGCAUUGGCGGUGAUGAGAACGACUACGAUGAUAUCCUGCAAGACCAUAUUCGAUUACAGGAAGAAAUACGAAAGGAUAUGUCUUCACCUAAACCUGAUGCUGAUUUAUAAUAUACAUUUUUAAGAAAUGUAUUAAAAAUUCCUGUAAAAUUUAUCAAAACCUAAAACAAUAUAUUUGUGUACAGAGUGAGGACCGAAAUUUUGAUAUAGUUUA